AGAUAUGUGCUGUAUCUAUAUUAAAUCUGAAUUUUGGUACUGUAUUAUGAGCCCCUGUUGUUCUUUGCCCACUGUCCAUACCCCUUCCGCUGCCCUAGCUUCAGUGGAUUAGAGAACAAUAUCAAAGUAACCAGCUUUAGUAGUAGCUGAACCAGGGACCUUCAACCAACCUAUCCUUCAGUUCAUGGCUCCUUCACGAGAAAGAAGUACUCACUGCCGAAUAUACAAGCAUAAGUUCAUAAAGCACUCAGAUUUGGCUCAAAUCACUGAUGCCGUAACCCAAAAUUCUUGUCCAAUAUGUCUUUGUAAAAUCAAGCCAAGCCAAGCUGCAUUGCUUCCAUUGUGCAAGCAUGCCUUCUGUGCUGACUGCAUCCACAAGUGGAGUGAUUACAAGCGUACUUGUCCACUUUGCAAAGCGGGAUUUGGCUCUUGGCUUUUCCUAUUUGAUCUCUCUACUCGAACCCUUGAGAAGGAGAAAUUUAAAAGCCCACUGGUUGAUAGACCUCGCCCAGUAGGUUUUCCAGCAAGGCGAAGAAGCCAUUUGGAAGAACUGAGGUUAAUUAGAAGAAGAAGGGCAGAACUAAGUACCCAAUACUCGAGAACGGGGGUAAUCCCGAGGAGGAGGUCAUUUGGCCAAUUGGAAGCUGCAAACGCCGGUGUCAUUAGGGAGAGAACACUGCAAUGGCGGGCCAGCAUAUAUGAAAGGAAAUUGCAGGCUGUUCCUUUCUCAUCCAAAAAUCGUCUUAUAGAGCAAAUGGAACACAACAAUAGUGCCAAAGCUAUGGUAAUGCAAAGAAUAGAACCUUGGAUAAAAAGGGAGUUGGAGGCUAUUCUUGAUGACCCCAAUCCAUCCGUUAUUGUCCAUGUUGUCACCUCACUUUUUGUCUCGGGAAAUGAAAGAAGGGACCAAGCUAGUUCUAACUUUCUUGCUCCUCUGCGGCCUUUCUUGCAUGAAAAAACAGAAAUGUUUUGGCAUGAGCUUAGAUGUUUUGCCGAGAGCCCUCUUGCCCUCGAGACAUAUGAUACUGUGGCGGAAUAUAGAUUAUUGAACCGAACUUAGAUGGAAUAAUAAUAGUCUAAUGGUGUAAUAGCCAAAAGAAUGCACUGAUUUCUCGGUCUUUCCUCAGAUCCCACAACAUGAAUAUGCAAGGGGUUAGCUUGGAACAAAAAUGUUUUUCUGUCUGCCUGAUUCGUCUGCUACUUCGUGCGUUUAUGAAAAUUUCUCUGAGAUACAGGGAUCCUCAUUUCUGUGCAAGAAAAGCAUUUUAUGCGGGCCAACUUCAAUGCAAAUAAUGAUGUAGUCUUAUAUGGAAGAUUGGACGGAUUUUGAUUAACUAUGCAUGCAAGUGAAGUGCUACUUUUAGUAAAAUCAUGACAGAUGAAUUCUCGUGUCUCAAAACAAGUUGGGAGGGUGAUAACUUAAGGAAGACGCGCCUCACCUCCUAGACUGCGAGGGAUUGUUCAGAAGCAUCAACAGUAUACACCCCGAGUGAGGGUAAGUAAUGUGAAUUGUGAUGAUUAUUUUGCAAAUCUUGGUGAAGAGGUCAUAAAAGAACUUCAUUCUUGUUCUUACAUGAACCCUUGGAGAGAGUCAAAAGUGCUUAUUGAAAUUAUAGAAAUGGCAAAACAUUUAUAAGAACACAACUCCAGCUUAGUUUUCUGAUGUAUCAAAACAUUACUAUGUUUGACAUAAGUGCGGCUUUCACAGCUUGUGAACUC